UGUUGCAGCAGCUGCGUGACGGCUAUCUGCCAUUCCACGAGUUUGCCGGUGAGAUUUUGUUCAAUGGGCGUUUAUAAUCUAUGUAAAUGAGUGUAACACUGCUGCUCAAACUGACCCUCUCGGAACCUGACAAAUACUUUCGUUUCCCAUGUUCUGGUAGCCGGCUAACGAAUGUCUUGGAUUAGCCCCGCGCGGAGGACAUGUACAGUUAACGUGCUGCUCCCGUCAAGGCCCCAUUAAACGUUAGCCUUCUAGUGAAAACGCGACGUGCAUCAACACCGGUGAAAUUUUCACAUACACAACAUGGCGGAUCCCGGAGAAGGAGGGGGCUCGGAGCAGGAUGAUAUCUCAUUUCUCCGGACGGAUGAUACAGUCUGUCUGAGCUGUGUGACAUCCUCGCGGGAAAGUAGUACAACAGAACGAGUAUGUCUGGCUGCAGAAGGAUUUGGGAACCGCACUUGUUUCCUGGAAAAUGUAUCAAACAAGGACACUCCACCAGAUAUAUCAGUAUGUGCAUUUGUACUGGAGCAGGCUCUUUCGGUCAGGGCUCUGCAGGAAAUGGUGGGAUCGUCAUCCCAGGAUUCCACAACAGCACAAUCCGGUCACAGAACACUCCUAUAUGGCCAUGCUGUGUUACUAAGGCAUCUCCAUAGCAACAUGUAUCUGUCCUGCCUGUCGACCAGCUCGUCAAAUGACAAACUAGCCUUCGACGUUGGUCUACAGGAAACUGCACAAGGUGAAUCCUGUUGGUGGACCAUCCAUCCAGCUUCUAAACAGAGGUCAGAGGGUGAAAAGGUCAGGGUAGGAGAUGACCUUAUCCUUGUCAGUGUAUCAUCAGAGAGGUAUUUGCACAUCUAUGGCGGCUCCAUGGUGAUAGCAUCUUUCCAGCAGACGUUAUGGACCGUGGUACCUAUGAGUUCCGGAGCAAUCAGUCAGAAAUCUCUAGGAAACACCUUUGGAGGAGACGUUAUACGACUCUUUCAUGGACAUAUGGAUGAAUGUUUAACUAUCCCGGAGGCAGGAAGUGAAAAUGAAUUUACAGCCGUCAUGUAUGAAACUGGUGCUGUGUGCAGCCAUGCAAGAUCACUUUGGAGGAUAGAACUUAUACGAACCAAGUGGGCUGGUGGAUUUAUGGGAUGGGGACAGCAGUGUAGACUUCGUCACGUAACAUCAGGCAGAUAUCUGGCGGUGACCGCAGACAACAACGUCGUCACCGUACACAGAGUCAAAGCGGACGAGAAGAGCAUCUCCUUUGUACUGAUGGCAUCAAAGGAUGAGAAGAAACAAGCAGAGGGUCGUGAGGAUGAAGGUAUGGGGAAGGCAGAUGUUAAGUACGGCGACUCUAUGGUGUUCAUUCAACACAGUGACUCCGGAAAGUGGCUCUCCUACCAGACAUUUGAAACCAAGAAACGAGGGCUCGGCAGGAUUGAGGAGAAAAAGGCUGUGAUGUUGGUUGAAGGUCACAUGGACGAUGGAUUUUCAUUGAGCCGCGCCCAAGAGGAGGAGUCCAGAUCAGCCAGAGUCAUCCGCAAGUGUCAAUCACUUUUCACAAAGUUCACCAAAGCGCUGGACUCCCUGAAGUCAGAAGGCAAGUCCAGUGUUACCUGGUCCCGAGUAAGCCUUUCCGAAGUACUCAAGUGCCUUGAAGAUCUUAUCGACUACUUUGCUCAGCCCGGGGAUGAAGAAGAACACGAAGAAAAACAAAACAAACUACGAGCUUUAAGAAACAGACAAGAUCUUUUCCAAGAGGAGGGUAUGAUAGCCCUGAUCUUGGAGACCAUAGACAAGUUCAGCCAGUACAAAAGUCGUCGCCAUUUCGCUCACUAUGCAGGGGAGGAUGCUUCCAACAAAUACGAGGAUAUCUCAAGUUACCUCUACUUACUACUGGCGGCCAUGAUUCGAGGUAACCGUGCUAACUGUGCCCAGUUUGCCCAGUCUUACCGCCUUGAUUGGCUGGUGGACAGGCUUGAGAGUCAGCAGUCCUCAAAAGGUGUGUUAGAGGUGCUACACUGUGUCCUCAUAGACAGCCCUGAGGCACUGAAUAUGAUCAAGGAGAAACACAUCAAUACAAUCAUAUCCCUCAUAGACCGCCAUGGCAGGGACCCAAAGGUGCUGGAUGUGCUUUGCUCGCUGUGUGUGGGUAAUGGAGUAGCAGUGAGAACCAACCAAAAUCUGAUCUGUGAUAACUUGUUACCUGGCUGUGACUUACUUCUACAAACCAAGCUCAUCAACCAUGUCAGCAGUAUGAAGCCCAAUGUGUAUGUUGGUAUCCUGAACGGCUCGUCCAUGUACAAGCGGUGGUACUUUGAGGUGAUGCUGGACCACCUGGAGGUUGUGUCACACCUUCCGCCUGUCCUCAGGGUGGGCUGGGCAAACACUUAUGGUUUUGUGCCCCACCCAGGGGGUGGUGAGAAAUGGGGAGCCAAUGGGGCAGGAGACAACCUGUAUUCUUAUGCUUUUGAUGGACAAAGUCUUUGGACAGGUGGUCGCCCAAAGCAGGUGAAGGGAGAAAGUCAAACAUUCAAACAAGGUGAUGUGGUCGGCUGCAGCCUUGACCUUGCUGUGCCUCAGAUCACUUUCUCCGUCAAUGGGAUUAGGGUGCCAGGCAUUUUCAAAGACUUCAACAUUAAUGGUCUCUUUUUUCCUGUCAUAUCCAUGUCUGCCAGCACAAGUUGUCGGUUCUUACUGGGUGGUGAGCAUGGACGCCUGAAGUAUGGUCCCCCCGACAACCACUCUCCAGUGGUGGAGUGUCUCCUCCCCAAAGAAAAGGUCAAGGUUGAGCCAUGCUUCAUGUUUGGAGAUGUCAGUCGCAACAUCAUCUGUGGUCCAACAGAGAUAUGUGAAUACACACCAUUUGUGCCAAACCCUGUGGAUACUGCCAAUAUCCAGCUGCCAGUUUACAUAGAAAAUGUGAGGGACAAGCUGGCAGAGAACUUACACGAAAUUUGGGCCAUGAACAAGAUAGAACAGGGAUGGUCCUAUGGGGAGGUGAGAGAUGAUCAGAAGAAGAUGAAUCCGUCCUUAACAAACUUUGAGAGACUUCCAAUGUCAGAGAAGAAAUAUGUAAUCACUGUGGCAUUCGAAACUCUGCGCACACUAUUGGCCCUAGGCUACCACAUCAGUAUGGACCUGAAGAAGGAACAGAACAACAGGAUGAAGACAGUCAAACUACCAAACAACUUCCUACAAUCAAACGGCUACAAGCCAACCCCCCUUGAUCUGGCUGCUGUAGACAUGGACCCUACAAUGGAGAACCUGGUUGACAUGUUGGCUGAGAACACGCACAAUGUCUGGGCCAAGGACAGGAUCAAACAUGGCUGGACCUUUGGCUGGCAAGAGGAUCCACACACUAAGAGGAACCCACAUCUGGUGCCCUACAGCAAAGUGGAUGACAACAUCAAAAAGGCAAACAGGGAGACAGCCAAUCAGACGGUGCGUACGUUGCUGGCCUAUAUGUACAGUUUAGAGCCGCCGACCAGCGAGACAGGAGAGACUGGUAUGACAGCUCUUAGCCAGGACACUCCCAGCAAGCUGACCACAAGGACAUAUCGUGGGGAGCUGACUUACACUGUCAUAUCAGGCAAAUGGUACUAUGAGUUUGAAGUGAUAACCCCGGGCUUUAUGAAGUGUGGAUGGGCCAAAGCUUCAUCCGACCCCAGCACAGAAAUCGGAGUAGAUUGCAUGUCAUAUGCAUUUGAUGGAUUUUCUGGCUAUAAAUGGUACCAGGGAGCAGAGCAGUACGGCAAGAACUGGGCACACGGUGAUGUGAUUGGCUGUAUGUUGGACCUACAGGAUAAGACCAUCACAUUCUCUCUGAACGGAGAAUUGAUGAUGGAUUCUCUGGGUCAGGAGAUCGCCUUUAGAGGUAUUGAUUGUGACGAGGGAUACAUCCCUGCUUUCACACUAGGCUGUCAUCAAAAGGCUAAACUCAACUUUGGACAGGAUGUCAACACGUUGAAGUACUUCACCUGCUGUGGUCUACAGGAGGGCUAUGAGCCAUUCUGUGUGAACAUGACAAGAAGAAUGACUCUUUGGUAUGGAAAAGAACAGCCUCUGUUUGAGGCUGUCACUCCCUCUCAUCCAAGUGUACAGGUCCAGCGAAUUCCAGGCGGAGCCAACGUCACACCAUGUCUGAAGGUGAUGUCUAAGACGUUUGGUGGUUUGGAGAAGGUACACCUGGAGUAUCUACGGCUUAGUUUGCCUGUUAAAUGUCAUGACCAGUUUGUCCCGAGGGACCGUUCCAGUGGCUACCCGACCUCCUACGAGAGGAGGAUGAACCUGGAGAACAUCCGCCACCAUGAGAUGGACAUCGAGGAGGAACAUCACCACGACUACUACCCAGGCGAGGAGUCAAGUGAUGCUAACAUCAGCGAGGGCUCCCUGGAACGACGCAGCAGGCUUAUAGCAGAGGGUAAGCAGAGGGUUGGGGAUAUUAGUCCCACCAGCAGUGGCGGGAUGGACCUCCCGGGGUCAGCAAUGGUCAACGGCAAUGCUGGGGAUACCACACCUAUGGAGGAGAAAUCCCUCAGUCAAACUGGGGACUCUAAGUCACUGACUACAACCUCUCCUUUACAGAGAGGAUAUGAUGACGACAUGCGCACAGGUAACCGUCGCAAAAACUUCGCCAAACCAGACGGUCGAGGGCGCUCAUUGGACGAAGCUCAUCCUGAUGAUAGGGCCUCCACUGGACUCAAAACAGCCAUCAGUGAGUCACAACUUAAUGGUGACCAGAGUGGUGGUCUGCUAGUCCCAGAUGAAAAGAAGUCAUCAUCCAAAUUGUCUCUGCUUGGUGACAAGCUCAUAGACACUGCCAAACAGCUUAGUGAAAAGAAAGCCAAAAAAUCUAAGUCACCAUUUGGAGCGUUCUUAAAGAAAGCUCGUGAUAUUUCCCCACAGGGCUCCAAACGUACACGUAGUGUGGAGUACGGCAGCCUUGACAGGAAACAGAUGCCUGGAUAUCAAAUGCAGAAGGAUAAGAAACCAAGUCCUCAGCCGCGAACACAAACCCUGCCACCAUCGAAGACAAUAGACUCCAUGACAACAGAUGGGGAAACGCCCACAUCUCAGGGACCAGUCAUCAACAUUGAGGCACCCAGAGGGAUCAUUCCUUACGAGUUCCAAGACGCCUUGGGCAAACGACACAUGUUUGGACGUGACUUUACAGGAAGUGAGGGCUCUGACCCAGAUAACUCGGAAGGUGACCUUCAGGAACUGAUGGCUAUUGCUGACUCCAUUGAUGAGUACAACUUCUCUGUGAGGAUAUUCCCUGGCCAGGAUCCUGCCCAGGUGUUUGUUGGAUGGGUUACUCCUGGCUUUCACUUCAAUGAGAAAAACUUUGAGAUGAAGAAGACCCGCCAUGUUGUCCUGUCUGUCCUUGAUAACAACUAUGCCAUUAAACAGAGUGUGAGCCGAAAAAAUACGUACAUGGUAUCUGCUGGUGACCUCCAGCAGAGAUAUGGAGGGACCAAUCAGGAGAUGUCUUCUAAACGAUCCUCCCCGGGCCUUGUUAUCGGCUGCUACAUCGACAUAUCGACUGGUGUCCUUAGCUUCUCCGUCAACGGAAAAGAGGUGGCCAACAAAUACCAGGUGGAGCCUGGCACCAAGCUGUUCCCAGCUGUGAUCUGUGAGCCCACCAUCAAGGAGAUGCUCCAGUUUGAGCUUGGGCACACAAAACAAACCCUGCCCCUAUCAGCAGCUGUGUUCCGUGGCAGUAAACAAGUGGUGCCGGCCUGCCCGUCACGCCUUGACAUCCAGGUACUGCGACCCAGCAGCUGGGCACGCGUCCCUCAGGCAUUGCUCGACGUCCACACGCUACGGAUGUCCACUCGUGGCUACAGCAUGCUGUGUAGUAACCCAGAGAGCAUGAUGUCUCUGUAUGUACCUGAGGAGGACCGCAGUCUGGACAUACUGGAACUGAUAGAGCACAAGACUCUGCUCGAUUUUCAUGCCAAAACACUGGAUCUGUACAACAGUGUGUGUUCCCAUGGUAACCACAGGGUAGCCAAUGUCCUCCAGCAACACAUCAACGAAAAACAGUUAAUGUACUGUAUACAGAGUGAGAGCUUAUCCGGUCCCCUAAGGAAUGGCUACCAUAACUUGCUAAUCGCCAUGCACUUGGAAUCACACGCUCAGGCAAGACUGAGGACGACCAAUGAGUUCAUCAUCCCACUGUCCCCACAAAGUCCAAAGUUGACUCUGUACCGAGCUGUCAGUACAGAUACGCAGUUACACCAGACCAAACAUACCAUCCCAAAUAUGGAUAACAGCAGGUCCAUCAGACCUCAACUGGCCAUUUCGGAAAAGGACAUUGAAGCAAGAACGAAGGGUGGAGGCAAGGAUUGCACCGCACCUUUCUUCCCCAUGGAGAAACUGAAGUUCUUUGUGAUGAAAGCAGUCAAGGAAGCUGUACAAAAUGGUGGUGCUCAUGUCAGGGAUCCUAUUGGUGGCAGUAAUGCCAAUCUCUUUGUUCCACUGCUGAAGGUCAUUGACCGUCUGCUUGUAAUGGGUUCCCUCAAGGAUGACGAUCUCCUGGAGCUCCUACAGCUGGUCAAUCCAAUAGCCUUCCCAGAUAUCCAUCCUGAAACUCCAGGAUUACUUGAAAUGAAACUGGACGAGCCUGUGAAAUUAGAGAUGUGUAGGAUCCUCCAGCACCUGUGUAACCUUCAGCUGAGACACAGAGUGGAGUCCAUCAUCUCCUUCUCAGACCAGUUUGUAGGGGACUGUCAAAACGAUCAGCUGAGGCGAUACCAGGAAAUCAAACAGUCCAAUCUGUCAUCUGCUGUAACAGCCAGGAUCACCAAAGAGUUCCGAUGUCCACCUCAUGAACAGAUGAGGAACUUGCUGGCCUUCAAGACUGAGGAAGAUGCUGACCCUAACAUGCCUUGUCCGUGCCGAGAAGACCUGAAGGACAGACUGGUGACUUUCCAUGAAAACCUGCUCAAUCACUGCGCCAUGCCUACCAAGCCAGAGGACAAUGAGGGUGGGGAGAUGUCACCAGAGGAACAGGUGGCACAACCAUCUUCUACUGUGGGAGAGAAACUCCUUAAGUUGGUAUGGAAGUCAAAGGAGGAGGAGCAGAAGCCAGAAGUAUCCCAGCCGACGGAUGGUAAGAUAGACAGUCUUCAGAAGUUGAUACAGACUACCAUGAUCUCGUGGGCGGAGGAAUCGUUCAUGACAAACCAGGACCUGGUCAGAGAAAUGUUCGGUCUACUACAUCGCCAGUAUGAUGGUAUUGGAGAGUUGAGGACAGCCAUGGAGAAAGCGUAUGUAAUCAGCAGUGGGAGUAAGGACGACAUCGACCAGUUACUGCACUCCCUGGGAAACAUCCGUGCCCUUCUUUUGGUGCAGGCUGGCCCUGACGAGGAAGAGCUUAUGAAGAACAGCCUUAAGGACCUGAUGGACAACAAAGUGUUUUUCCAGCACCCUGAUCUGAUGCGAGCCCUCUGUGUCCACGAGACAGUUAUGCAGUUGAUGGUGAACACGCUCAACAAGGCCCAACAGCAGCAGCAGUCUGCCACUAGUGGUGUGGCAGAACUGACCACAACCCAGGGGCGCCGGUCAUCCUUCAUUCCAGCAGGCACUAUGGACAGUCUGGCUGAACAUACAAAGGAUGCCGCAGCUGAGAUGGUGGUGAUGUGUUGUCGAUUCCUCUGCUAUUUCUGCCGUACCAGUCGCCAAAACCAACGUGCCAUGUUUGAACAUCUCAGUUACCUGUUAGAAAACAGUAGCAUGCUAUUAGCUCGCCCCUCACUUAGGGGGUCCUGUCCCCUGGAUGUAGCCUACUCGUCUCUAAUGGACAACAAUGAGCUGUCACUGGCCCUGAGGGAGGCCCAUCUGGAGAAGGUGGCUGUCUACCUAUCACGCUGUGGGCUACAGUCCAACGCGGAACUCCUGGAAAAGAACUAUCCUGACAUUGGCUGGGACCCAGUGGAGGGAGAACGUUUCAUUGAUUUCCUCCGAUUCUGUGUCUGGGUCAAUGGUGAGAGUGUUGAGGAGAACUCUAAUCUAGUUGUCCGCUUGUUGAUCCGUCGUCCUGAAUGUCUUGGCCCGGCCCUGAAGGGCGAGGGAGGUGGCCUUCUCAAGGCCAUGAAAGAUGGCAUCAGGAUGUCUGAGCAAAUCGCAGCUGCUCGCGAUGGAUUGUCCGCUGGGUUCCUGUCUGCCAUGAAUGAAGACGAUGACUCUGGUGGAAGAUAUCUAUUCCAAACGAAGUACAACUUUAACCAGCUGCCACCCGAGGAUGACGAGGACUAUGUCGACAUGGGAGGAGCCAUUCUAAACUUCUAUGCAGGACUUGUGGACCUAUUAGGUCGCUGUGCCCCAGAUGCAGAGACAAUCAAAUCAGGUCGCAGUGACUCCAUCCGAGCAAGAGCCAUCCUUCGCAGUUUGGUGUCCAUGCAGGACCUGGAGGGCGUUCUGGGACUUAAGUUCAUCCUGCCAGUCAACCAGGCUGCAGCUCCAGGGGAUGACAGUGAGAGCCAGGGUGCUGGGGCCACAGCCAUGGACCUACCACCAGGCCUGUCACCGGCACACAAGGCCUCAGUCAUGUUGUUCCUAGAGAGGGUCUAUGGUAUAGAGGAUCAAGCCACAUUCUUCAGGAUCCUGGAAGAUGGAAUCCUUCCUGAUCUGCGUGCCGCUACAACGCUGGAUACUGCUACUGGAUCAGACAGCGACACGGCACUGGCCCUCAACCGCUACAUUGGCAGCUCCAUCCUGCCACUCCUAACCAACUACAGCCACUUCUUCGGUGAUGCAGACCACGCCUCCACUCUACUGGACUCCACGCUAAACACAGUGUACCGUCUAUCCAAGUGUCGCUCACUAACCAAGGGCCAGAUGGAGGCAGUGUCCGACUUCCUCGUUGCAUUCACCAACCAACUUCGUCCCCCAACAAUGACAAGACUGCUGAGAAAGUUGGCAUGUGAUGUACCAGCACUGUCUGAAAACACAGUGGUUCCCCUGAGGGUGCUGACUUCCUACUAUGAGAGAUGUGGCCGCUACUACAGUUUCGGUGGCUGGGGAUCUUACGGAUCAGCUACAGAGGAGGAGAAGAGACUCACCAUGAUGCUUUUCAAUGGAAUUUUUGAUGCUUUGGGUCACAAAGCCUAUGAUCCAGAAUUGUUUUCGAAAGCUCUACCUUGCUUGUCUGCCAUUGGUUGUGCUCUGUCUCCUGAUUACUCACUCACAAAACAGGACGACAGCUGGCUGCGACAGGCAAACAUGGAUGCUGAAGGCACAUACAACCCAACCCCUAUCAAUACGUACAGGAUUCAUCUUACGCAGUCGUUGGAUUCAGCCAUCACUAAAUUUGCAGAGCACUUCCAUGACAACUGGGCUUUGAAGAAGAUCGACUGUGGAUGGUUGUUUGGUACGAAUUACGAUGACGACAGAAAGACACACUAUAUGCUGAAACCUUACCACCUGUUGAACGAAACUGAAAAAAUGAGAUAUGAGGAACCAGUGAGGGAGGGUGUGAAAGCCAUGCUGGCCUGGGGCUGGACCCUCAAUCAGGACCAGAGCAGGCUGGCUGCCAACAGGGAGAGCAUGAAGCGCCGCAUGUCAAAGGACGGGCAUGACCAUGGUUACAGCCCACGACCUUAUGACCUCAGAAACAUGACUAUCACGAGGGAAAUGCAGACACUUGCUGAGAGAUUGGCAGAAAACUCACAUGAUAUGUGGGCUAAGAAGAAGAAAGAGGAGUUAGAGGAAAUGGGUGGAGGAGUCCACCCCCAGCUGGUGCCCUACGACACCCUCACAGACAAAGAGAAGAAGAAGGACCGCGACCACUCCCAUGAACUCCUCAAGUUCCUGCAGUUCCUUGGCUUCAGGGUACACAGUGAGAAUGUUGACGGAUGGAAGGAAGGUGUUAGUGACACAGCAACAACGAUGCCAAGCCAGAAAAAAUCAUCUUCCAGGCCGAGCAAGGAUUCAGAAGCGGAGAGUGGGGUUGGUGUUUCAGCAACAGAAAAGCGAUUUGCUUACAGCCUGCUGGAGAAACUACUUCAGUACUUUGAUGAUGCAGCCAUCCACAUGACUCAGAACCGACCGAGCAGUCGCUUCUCCCGUCGUGAGAGUUACAGCAUGGCCACUGAGGAUGUCAAGUUCUUCGGAAAGGUGGUGCUGCCUUUUGUGGAAAAGUACUUUGCUGCCCACCGUGAGUACUUCGUGGGCAAGCCCAACUCGCCUACCAGCAGUGCUUUAGCCUCGAUUAAGGAGAAAGAGAUGACUGCUAGCCUUUUCUGUAAGUUAGCCCAGACACUGAGAACUAGAAUCCAGGCGUUUGGACAUGAUGUGAACAUCUCUGUGCGUUGCCUACAGGUUCUCAUCCAGGCCGUGGAUGCCAGAUCUGUUAUGAAGAACAGUCCUGAAAUGGUGCGCUCUUCACUGCUGCCAUUUUUCAACAACACAGCAGAUGACCUUGCUCAAGUGGUAGAAAAUCUCAAGCGAGGCCGUUUCAGCCAUAUCAAGGGCACCAUCUUAAAGGGUGCUACCAGCCUUGACUUCGUCCACAUGGUGGUCCUCCCUGUCCUGUCUUCCCUGUUUGACCACCUGGGGCGUAGUCACUCCGGUGCUGAUGUCAUUGUGGGAGAUAUCCAGCUGUGCUGCUACAGGAUUCUCAACUCUCUGUACUCCCUGGGAACCAGCAGCUCGGAGAUCGUCCAGAGGGAAUCAAUCUUAUCGGAGUUGUCCAGACACCGGCCGGCCCUUGGAGAGUGCCUAGGAUCCUUUGCUUGCUGCUUCCCUGUAGCAUUCCUUGAACCUGACCUCAACAAAUACAACAGGAACUCCAUACUCUAUGGACUGGAGGGCAAGAUAUCUGAACACUCACUCGAGGCACAAGGCACAAGUUACUUACCUUUCUGGCUGGUUGAAAGGCAAAAAUCCAUCGAUUCAUUGACUCAGGUAACCACGGUAACUGGAGAGUUGAUGAACACUGUCCUUGAUAACGUGCUCAAACUCAUCAGGAAUAACGUGGGCAGUGUGGAUGCUCCCUGGAUGAACCGUAUAGCAACCCGCACACAGCCAAUCAUUGUCAACUCGACUCCUGACAUGAUCAAGGAGCACUUCCUGCCAAUCGCAAUGAAGCUAAGGGAAGGUAAUGCUGGUGUUGAGCUGCUCGAGAAGCGCCUGUUGGCAAACAAACACAGCACAGUUGACGUAGCUGACCUUGAACAGGAAACACAGGAGGCUUUUGGGAUCCUUGUGAGAGACAUCUAUGCAUUCUACCCACUGCUGAUUAAGUAUGUGGACCUACACAGGUCACAGUGGCUGAAGAAUCCGUCCUCAGAGGCUGAGGAACUCUUCACUUGUGUCGCCAACAUGUUUGGUCUCUGGUCGAGGUCUAUUUUGUUCAAGCGUGAGGAGCAGAACUUUGUGAUGGCCAACGAAAUAGACAACAUGGCCUUAAUCAUGCCUAGUCAGACCAAAACAGUGACAUCUAAUAACCCUGAUACAGCGACUAACAAUAAACGUCCGGGUCGUAAACGUGAGAAAAAGAGAAUGGAGCUUCACAACAGUCUGAAUGUCGCAUGUCUUAAGAGACUCCUGCCCAUUGGUCUAAGUUUCUUUAGUGGGCGGGAACAAGAGUUACUGCAGCAUGCCAAACAGAAGCUGAUUGAGGACUCCGAUCGCGAGGAAAUCAUAUCAGGGAAGGAUACAGAGUCUGAUAUUGAAGAAUACUUGAUCGCAAGUCUAGCAGCUGAGGAAGGCCCAACGGAUGACAAAGUAAAAUGGCAGAAAGUGCUGUAUCGCAAGAUUGGUGGCAACCAGGGAGGGGAGAUAAACCAGCAACAGGCCAUCGACAGGAUCCUCUCAAUGGCCAAGGUCAUGCAUGGCCUCCACAUGUUUGAAAUAAAUGAGAAGGUGGAUGGGAGGUAUGGCGGAAUGCUCUCCGUUGAGCAUCCUUCUCCAUCUCACAAAAAUGCAUGGAAGAAGGUGAUCUCUAGUCAGAGGAAGAGAGCUGUUAUGGCCUGUUUCAGGAUGAUUCCUCUACACAACCUGCCAAGGCACAGAGCCAUCAACUUGUUCAUGAAGUCCUUCAAGAAGCAAUGGUUGGACAUGGAAGAGAGUGAGAAGAAGGUUCUCAUAGAGGAUCUCACGAAGGCUCUCCAGCAUGGAGAGGAUGCUGAGAAGAAGGAGGCUGAUGAGGAGGAGAAACCUGAUUCUCUAAAGCAGCUGAUGACCUGUCUGAGUCGGGCAGCAACCAAGGAACAACAAGGAAGUCUUCCAGAGGAUGAACUCUACAUGGCGUACUCAAAGAUCAUGGCUCAGAGCUGCCACUGUGAGGAUGAAGAUGAAGAUGAUGAUGGAGGUGAUGCUGAGGGUCCAGGAUCGUCAUUCCAGGAACAGGAAAUGGAAAAGCAGCAGCUGCUGUUUGAGCAGUCACGGUUGGCUGACCGCGGGUCAGCAGAAAUGAUGCUCCUCUACAUCAGUGCUAGUCGGGGUGUGUUCAGUCCGAUGGUGGUAGACACGAUAGAGCUGGGCAUCUCUCUACUGGGGGGAGGUAACGUCGAAGUACAGAAGAAAAUGUUGAAUCACCUGAAGGAUAAGAAGGAUGUGGGAUUUUUCACCUCCAUAUCUGGUCUGAUGCAGCAGUGUGGUGUCCUUAACCUUGAUGCCUUUGAGAGGACCAACAAAGCUGAAGGUCUGGGUGUGGGCUCUGAUGCUGGAGCAGGCGAGAAAAAUCUCCACGAUGCUGAGAUAACAAUCAAACUUUUCCGCUUCCUCCAACUGCUGUGUGAAGGCCACAAUCUUGAGUUCCAGAAUUACCUGCGAACACAGGCCGGUAACAACACCACAGUCAAUGUGGUCAUCUGUACAGUAGACUACCUUCUGCGUCUCCAGGAGUCGAUCAUGGAUUUCUACUGGCACUACUCAGGCAAGGACCUCAUCGACCAGGCCGGAAAGGAAAACUUUGUACGGGCCAUCAAGGUCGCCAAACAAAUGUUCAGGUCCCUCACAGAGUACAUACAGGGCCCGUGUUCCCAGAACCAGCUGGCCCUGGCUCACAGUCGACUGUGGGAUGCUGUCGGAGGGUUCCUCUACAUCUUUGCACACAUGCAGGACAAACUAUCAAAGGAUCCAUCUCAACUAGAACUGCUGAGGGAGUUCAUGAGGCUCCAGAAAGACAUGAUGAUCAUGCUGCUGUCCAUGUUAGAAGGUAAUGUGAUGAACGGUGCGAUUGGUAAACAAAUGGUGGACACAUUGGUGGAGUCGUCAGGAAAUGUAGAGAUGAUUCUGAAGUUCUUUGACAUUUUCUUGAAGAUGAAAGACCUGACGUCUUCCGAAGCUUUUCUGGAGUUUGACACCAACAAGGACGGGUAUAUAUCUGCUAAAGAGUUCAGGAAGGCUAUGGAAGCGCAGAAAAUGUACACACGAGAGGAGAUUGAGUACAUCAUGAUGUGUGUGGACGCCAACCAAGAUGGUAAAGUAGAUUUUAACGAGUUUACGGAUCGCUUCCACAAUCCUGCUAAGGACAUUGGCUUCACCAUGGCGGUGUUGCUCACCAACCUGUCGGAGCACAUGCCAAACGACCCACGGCUGGAGCGAUUCCUGGAGAAGGCCCGCAGUGUGCUUGACUACUUUGAGCCAUUCCUUGGUAGGAUUGAGAUCAUGGGCAGUGCCAACAGGAUUGAACGUGUGUACUUUGAGAUCACACAGUCACAUAUUGACCAGUGGGAGAAACCUCAGAUUAAGGAGUCCAAGCGCUCCUUCCUCCACAGUGUGGUCAAUGAUGGCGGUGACAAGGAAAAGCUGGAGAGCUUCGUGAACUUCUGUGAGGAUACCAUCUUUGAGAUGCAACAUGCCACAAGCAUUAGUGCAGAAGAACAAAGGAUUGCCUCCCUUAGAAGUGGUGUAGGGUCUGAGGGAGGAGGUGGAGGGAUGUUGGAGCCAUUGAAGAUUGGCUACCGAUGCCUGAUGGACGGCCUGUUUGCUUUGCUGUCUUUCUUCACCUGGACAAACCUCAAGUCCGGUUACAGGGUGUACAGGACUAUGUCCUACUGGCAACUCUUCAAGGCUUUCAUCAAACUCAACUUCAAAAUCGUCUUCACUCUCCUUACAUUCCUCUUCCAUGUGUUUUGGACAUUACUAAAGUUUGUAGCGAACAUGAUGAUGGGCGAGAAGACCACAGAACCUACAGCGCCCAAGGGUCCUAAGAUAUUGGCUCUACCUGCCCCUGAGCCUAAGGAACCGCCCAAAGCACCCAUCGUACCACCGGUGGAGAUAGAAACAGCUGAACCGGUCAGAGCUUUUGGUAUGCCAGUCAAUAAGGAAGAUGGGGAAUCAACAGUUGAGCGAGACUCUGACAAUGUCACCACUCAGCCUAGUGUGGAUGCCACAGUAGAGGGAUCAGGGACUGGAACACCACAUGUGGAUCCAGUCACCACAUCAAAGGACACACAGGACACAGAACAAUCCUUCCUCUCUGCAGAGGUGGCCAAGGCUGCCUAUGGUGGUUCAACUCCCCAACCAGCUGAUGAAGAGGAUGUUCCUUAUGAAACCAAAGGAUUUGAUUACGGGAAAUAUGUGCUGUUCAUUAUGAGCUUGUUUGCCAGGAACUUCUACAACUUCAAGUACAUCGCCCUGGCUCUGGCAUUCGGUAUCAACGUCAUGCUGCUGUCCUACAAGGUACAAAGACUACCUCAUGAGGAGACCGGUGACUUGGAUGAAGCCUUGAAUGGAACAGAACCUGAGGACGAUGGUGAUGAGUAUAUAUCCAUGAAAGGGGAGGUAAACUGGAGGGAACCUCUGAUGUUUGGUGUGGCCUUGUUCCACACGCUUACAUCCUUCUCCAUGCUCAUAGCCUACUACUGUCUCAAAGUGCCACUAGUCAUCUUCAAGCGUGAGAAGGAUAUCGCCAGGAAUCUGGAGUUCGAGGGGAUGUGGAUUGCCGAGCAGCCAGGUGAUGACGACAUCAAGGGACAUUGGGACAAACUAGUUCUCAGCACUGCCUCCUUCCCUGAGAGUUACUGGGACAAGUUUGUCAAGAAGAAGGUGCGGGCCCGUUAUGCUGACCAGUACGAUUAUGAGGCAAUUAGUAAUCUCUUGGGAAUGGAUAAGGGUGACUCAAUCAAAAUUGGAGAACAACGAAGCUCAAGUAUACUCCCAGCUUUCCUACGCAGUCUUGACUGGCAGUACCAGAUUUGGAAGUGGGGUGUCAUUUUCACUGACAAUUCUUUCCUGUACCUGAUGUGGUACUUCAUCUUCUCCGUCCUCGGCAACUUCAACAAUUUCUUCUUCGCUGCUCACUUGUUGGAUGUUGCCAUUGGUUUUAAAACAUUGAGAACCAUCUUGCAAUCUGUCACACACAAUGGAAAACAGCUCGUGUUGACGGUAAUGUUGACAAGCGUGAUUGUGUACAUCUACACUGUGAUAGCCUUCAACUUCUUCCGUAAAUUCUACGUGAAGGAGGAGGACGGCACUAUAGACUACAAGUGUCAUGACAUGGCCACCGUGAGUGACGAGAUUGAGCCAGCUGACGGAGAUGCCUAUGAAGUGUACAGGAUCCUGUUCGAUAUCACUUUCUUCUUCUUUGUCAUUGUCAUCCUGCUGGCCAUCAUCCAAGGUUUGAUCAUUGAUGCCUUUGGUGAGCUCAGGGACCAGCUAGAACAGGUCAAAGAAGACAUGGAGUCAAAAUGCUUCAUCUGUGGUAUCGGAAAAGAAUACUUUGAUAAAAUACCACAUGGGUUCGAGACCCAUGUCAAGAAUGAACACAAUUUCGCAAAUUACAUGUUCUUCUUGAUGCAUUUAAUCAAUAAGCCUGAUACGGAAUACACAGGACAGGAGUCUUAUGUAUGGGAGCUGUAUCAGCAAAGGUGCUGGGAUUUCUUCCCUGUGGGUGACUGCUUCAGAAAGCAGUACGAGGACGAAGCUUCAACCUAACGUAACCAAACAGAGACUGAUAACAGUCAUGGUAACUAAAAUUCCAAAGAGAGGCUGACAAUCCUGAUCAUUAAGGUCCUCAGUUUCAGUCCUUUUGUCCCAAGCUGAAUCAAUCUGCUCAAAUAUUGGGGAAUAAUCCAACCAAAUGCUCUUCCCCAAGAACAGAGAUGCAAACAUUAUUCCCCAGUGGAGCUAUUUGUUGACCUUUCUUUAGGUCACUAGCAUCAGAGCAAAGCUUUCUCUCCAUUGGCACGGUAACUAGCCUCAGAGUGAGGCUCAGUUGACAUGGCGCCCCUUCACAGACCUUACCUACACCUGAUGUGUACCUUCGUAGGAUGCCAAGCCAACAUGUGAUAUCUCAGAUGUAUCUUCACGAUGAAAACAUCACCAACAUGGCCCUGUGUUCCCUCAAUCGACUAAUUCAAAAAUUUGGAUUGAUCCAAAUGACCCAUGGGGGUUGAAGGUCAACUGAAAAUUGGUACUUAACUGCUGGUCUGGUUUCUAUUGACAAUCUAUAUUAACUGUAUGAAAGUUUAUUAGUUUAAAAGCAAGUUGCUUUUGUUAUAUACAGAAAAUCAGUAUUAUGAAAACAACCUCGCACUCAUCUGGUGAUUGAUAAAAUGUGUUGCACAUUUGAAAGGUUGUUUGGACAAAAACGACAGAUGAGUUUUACAGAAGGAACUAUCGUGAUAAACAUUAACCGUUGUGAAUUCUGAGACAAGAGAAUCCUGAUUGAAGUGAAAAUGGGAAAGUGUGCAAUGUUGGUUUUUUUUAUGUAAGUUAUAUACGUAAGUUUUAAGUUAAAUUUGACAAAAAAUGAUCAAGUUUUCUUACUUGAGUCCUAUUGUUUAUUAGUCUGAGCUGUGCAGCUCACCAGUUGAUCCCGAUAUGUAGGUUUUGAGUGUUCUUAUAGUGUAACACGUGGUUAAAUGGACAUUUAUUUAUAUGAUUGUAUAUUGUUUCUGACUAAUUCCUCAUUUUGUGAAAUAUGAUUAUUUCUAUUCUUUGAAAAUUUCGGGUUUUGUGUUAUACUUGUUAUUUAUUUGGUGCCCUUUGUAAAACUGUAUGUUUUAAGAUCAGCUUUUAAAUUACCAGUUGUGGUAUUAUGGAAAGUUUUUAAGAUAUGGUCUUUUUUUUUCGAUUUAUGAAAUAUUACAUCAGUUUGAUUUUUUACAAGUCCUAUAUAGGAUUUUCCUAGCUGAAGGUAUAACUUAUAAUACUUUGUUAAUUUUAUUGAUGAUGAGAAAGAUGUACAGUAGAUCAAAAAGGUGUGUCCCUCUAUUUACGUGUCUGACAAAUGUUAUAUAUUUUCUUGAUAGAUUGGUAUAUGUAUUUAAAACAGGUCUUUGUUUACUUGAAAGUAAGCUUGUUAAUUUAUUUGAUUGUGCAAUAGAAUAUAUAUAGCAAACUUUAAAAUGUGCAUUUUGAAGCGACGAAGUGAUUUAGUCUUCCAUAUUUCAUCCCCAUGUUUUCUGGGUUUUCGGAUCAUUAACAUAUCAUAUAUAGAGAAUUAAACCCCAAAUAUAGUGUACAUACACCUGUAUAUACUGUUAUGUGUACAGAGAUGGCCACAGUGUUACUGCCUACCCGUCAGCCUGUUUUGUGUGUUGGCCUCAUUUAUCAUUUUACCAAUGCAUUUACUACGGGAUGUUUGAUCUAUAAUGACUAUUAACCUACACAAUUUCAAUAUUAUCUGCAUUUUUCGAUAUUUUGUUUCACUAGUAAAUUUAAUGAUGCUGUUACCACCUCGUUGCUACUGAUUUAACACAUGGCAAUGGCUUCCCAAUUGAAUAAAAACAUUUUUAUAUAAAACUUGAAAA